AUGGACUCAGCACCAGUGUCACAAGCCGGACCAGCAUUCCAAGGAAAUGGCCACACGACAAAGAGGCAAGACAUGAUCAAGCUGCACAACGACAAGGUUCAAAAGCAGCAUGAGUUGAUCGAGGCCGGUGGCGAGGAAGGCCGCACCAUCAAGCGGCCCGACUUUUCGCAUCAGUACCCUGCGUCUUAUAAGCCGGUGAAGGAGCUGGAAAAGAUAACUCUCGACGCCCUCCGUCCAGAUACCCACCACUACGGCAAAUGCCUAAUCGUCCGGACCGUUGCCCUCCCCUACACUGGCGUAGGCACAAGCACAAUCGUCGAGGACGAGACGGGAGCCGUGGCGCGGCUGGUGAUAUUCGCCUACAGCGACUCGUCCAUCCUCUCCAACGUGCCCGAGGGCUGCUUUGUCGCGAUCAAGGAGCCGUUCUUCCGUUCGUCUUCUCAAGAGGAAGAGGAGAAGGAAGGGGGAGAACUCGACUUAGCGCCCGGCGCAUUCAUCUCGGUCGACCACCCAUCCGACAUUGUACUCCUCCGCUUCAGCGACCCGGCCAUCGCGGCUCGGUUCGGGUCCGUGACGCCGUUGCUCGGCUCGGCCGACGAGUGGAAGCAGGCUGGCGACGCCAGCUUCCUGCAGGGCGACCUCGCCACUGCUGCUUUCUGCUACACCGAGGCGCUUGAUUUCGCCAGCGCCAACGACACAACCACGCUCGACAAGCAGGGCAUCCUCGCCAAGCGUGCAGGGACGCACCUCCUGCUGGGCCGGUUCGACGCGGCGCGCGCCGACGCGCUCGAGUCCCUGACCAAAAGCGACGGCGGACCGUCGGACUGGCGCGCGCACCAGACGGCAGCCAAGGCCAGCUACGCGCUCGGCGAGUUCCGCACGGCGCUGGCGCACCUCGAUUCGGCCCUGGGCCUCAACCCGACCUCGGCCGCGCUGACCAAAGACCGCGACAGGGCGCUCGCCAGGGUCGCCGAGGAGGAGAGCGGGGAGUACGACUUUGCCGCGCUGGCGGCGGCGGUCUCGGGCGGGCGCCGCACGCUGGACGUGGGCAGCUUCAGGCGGCGGACGGAGGAGCGGGCGUCGGCGACGCACGGGCGCGGGCUGUUCGCGACGGAGCGCAUCCCGGCCGGCGAGCUGGUGUUUGUGGAAAAGGCGACGGUGAUGCCGCCGCAGUACGACGAGGAGCGGUCGUCGGCGGCGCUGUACGCGGGCAUGGUGCGGCGCAUGCUCGACAGCCCCACGCUGGCCCGGCGGCUGUGCGGCAUGUUUGCCGGCGGCUACGCCCACGCCACCGGCCGCGAGGGCGACGUCGUGGACGGCGUCGCCGUCGUCGACGUCUUCCACGCCGAGCUGCUGCGCGUCAAGAACUGCUUCAGCGCCCCGCUGUCCACCACCGCCGCGAACCUCGCGCCCGACGUCGCGAGGCACCACCCGCCGCGCGCCAGGGGCCUGUGGCCGCUCGCCGCCGCCAUGAACCACGCCUGCGUGCCCAACACGGCCCGGGCCUUUGUGGCCGACGUCUUCGUCACGCGCGCCCUGAGGGACAUCGCCCAGGGCGAGGAGCUCACGCAGUCCUACAUCCCCGUGCGGGCCGACGUCGCGGCCAGGCAGGCGCAGCACGGCCAGUGGUGGGGGUUCGAGUGCGGGUGCGUGCUGUGCGCGGCCGAAAAGGGCCGGGAGGACGGGGUCCUGGCGAGGCGGAGGAGGGUGCUGCUCAAACAGAUGGAGAAAAUGAUGGACAGGAGCGCCACGACGGUCGAGAUGUCGGGCGCCGUGGAUGUGUUUGGCAAGGCCAAGGCUGACAGCGGAACGGUGCGCAACGUCGAGAGGGUCAUGGGCUUGCUGGAGGCGGCGCACGAGGUUGAAGUCUACGGGCCAAACAUGGUCUUUGCUGAUGCUGAUGGCGGUGUCGGCGACGGCGACCGCGACGGCGACGGAGACAAUGAUGCACCGCCGCUUCUACUCCCGCGUCUGCUGCUCAUCCUUCCCAGCAUGUGGCUCAUGGACGCGUACCGCGGCCGUCGGAAGCACGCCAAGGUGGUGCACAUGGCGACCAAGGCGCUGCGCAACUUUGGCUUCCUUUCGUUCCCAGGCCCCGAGGGCACGAAGAUGCAGCACUUUUUCGAGCGGCAGCCUCGGGGAAGCGCGGGAAUCGUGACAAUUCAUCUUGUGCGGGCCCUCAUGUGCGCCACCGAGGCCCUCCGGCACUUGGGCAGGGUCGAUGAGGCGGGUGACUGGGAGGCCGCCGCGAGGUUUGCGUUCAAGGUCAUAACGGGGUGGGAGAACGACCCUUCUGUCAUGCUUGGGCCGUCUUGA